AUGGAUAUCGACCUCGUCGCAGGCUAUGUGCAGGGUUCGCCAAACAGAGGAUCAUUGCUCUCCAACUCACCACACAGACAUCGACUUACCACUGCAGCAGAUGGUGACAACGACCGCCAGGUUCCCUCACAAGUCCAUGUCCACGUUACCAGAGCAUCCAAGUCCAACCAACUGGGCCUCGUGAUCUCCAAGAUUGAAGACAUUUUCGAGUCCAUCACAGAUUGCCUCUUGGAUGAAAAGAAGGAGCUUGUGAUACAGCUGAAAAGCCGAUCCAAGUCCAAGUCCAAGUCCAAGUCCAAGUCCCACAAGCCCCAAUGCGAGCAAGACGACGACGACGGUGACGGUGACGGAGAGAGGGAAAAGUCCAGAAUGAUUACUUUCCCCAGCAAGAACGCGAAGGAGGCCUGGAAGUUCACUGCGUUAUUGAGGAUUCUGGAACUUUCCCAUGAAGCUCUUGUGACGGGAAUAGUCACGACGAAAAGGUUGAAUGCCUACAUGAGCCUCGACUGCAGCAUCGAUGCCUACUACUACCCUUUGCCCUUCCAGAUCCCCAAAAUAGAUAUCUACUAUCGAGAGCCAGAGCUGUUUAUGAAGCAAGCGGUGGUCGAUCGCUACGUUGACGACAUCGCCUACACAUUCGGCGUCAACAGAGAUGCCUUGAACGUGAUGAGUCAGUCAUUGACCUCGCCACCGAGCCAGAGGCAGGGCCUCCUCAUCCCCAAUCCAAGCGAGAUCUCCACAAUUCAAUUCCUGGACGUGAGAUGGAUCCUCGUCAUCGAAAAGGAGGCAACCUUCCGCACCCUCGCCUCCGCCCAAUACUGGCAAUCCUCCCUCGCCGGGAGAGGGAUCCUCCUCACAGCCAAAGGCUAUCCGGACAUCCAAACCCGCCAGUUCCUGCACCUGCUCUCCACGUGCCACCCGUCCAUCGCCAUCCUAGCACUUGUCGAUUUCGACCCGGACGGGAUCGGGAUCAUGGCGACGUACAAGCACGGCUCUCAGUCGCUGGCUCACGAGCAGGAUCUCGCUGUUCCAAGCGUGAGGUGGCUUGGCGUAAGGAGCGGUGAUAUUGGCGCGGUGGGGGUCGGGGAAGGGGAGCCGGGACUGCUGAGGUUGUCGGCGAGGGAUCGCAGGGUUGCGGUGAGGAUGUUAGAGAGGGGCGGGCAGGUGGAUGCGGAGUGGAUGCGGGAGCUGCGAGUCAUGCUCGUGCUCAAUGUGAAGGCUGAGAUUCAAAUUCUCGGGGGUGGGGGGAGGCUCGCGGAGUGGCUUGAUGAGAAGUUGCUGGAUGCUGUCUGA